AUGCCGGUACAAGCCGGUCCACCAGUUGAUAUGCUUGUCCUUCCGAACUCCAUCACAGCCUUCUUCUUCGAUGUGGCGUGGAAGGCGGGGGUCAGCGGGCAAUGCAUAUUCAAGGAGUGGGUCAUGGAGGUGUACCAAGCCUCGGAAGAUCCAGACGACUGGGCCUUCGCACCUCUCCCUACCUUCCAGGUAACCACCACCAUGGCUACGGUUCCAGCAGAUGCACCGGAGAACCUCACUGUGAGCAACGAGACAGCAUACACCUUUCUGCUCGAGUUCGACGCCGGCGAGCCAUAUGUGGGCGCCUUACUGCAUAGCAGCAAGCCAAGCAAGCAUGAACGACUUUGA